AGUGGCGUGUGGGGUUGUUUCGUUUUGUUUCGUUUCGUUUGGGACCUCUCGCACUUCUUGCAGCCGUUCACUCCCACAUCAAGUACUACUUUGAUACGCCAUAAUCCAACGGCGAUCAGAAAUUGGCGUCGGUCACAAGUCAGCCAACCGCAACUUGACACGCCGAGAAGCCCUUUCUCGGUGUCGCCGGUGCGGCAAGCGGCAAUCAUCCUUUUCCGUGUUGGGGAUAAUCGCGCGCUUAUGCUCGCUUACGGCGCAUCGCGAAGCACCUGCUCAACUGGUGCUAGUUCCAUGAUCGAGGUCGGCGAUGUCAAGAGCAGGCCCCCCGUCUUGUGAGUACGACUCCACAGUACGGCGAUGCAUCUGGAGAAUGGCCCCUUUGUGCGACGGGGAAUUCUUUCUCGAACGCGCUCCGGUUACGUAUCGGAGUUACACUGGCAGAAUCUUGAAAGCGCAUGUCUGCCAGAUUGCUGCCUUGGGGGCUAAGGCAAAAUCCAAGACAUCGUUCGAUUGGGGUUCCAUGGAUGAUUUUACUCUGACCACAAGAAGCAGUACUUCCGUACAUCAAGGAAGGUGCGUCUCAACUGCACAACUGCGUGCAGGGUUCCUUGGGGGCCGGAAGUCAACAACGAGGCUGGUGGGAGCACUCAAGAGGUGUGUGUGGCUUGAGCCUGAAUUGGACGCCAUGGUGCUGAGUGAGAUGCUGUUGACUCUCUCAUUGUUUUGGUUCAUUGAAUCUUCAGACGGUCGUCAGUUCCUCGGUUUCAGCCUUAUUGAAGUCGGCUUUGCUCUGUUGUUGGCCCGUCCCCCGGCCCCCCUCCCCAAUUCCGGUCAAACGUUGCAGGGAGAGGCAGUUGAUCCCCCAGUCCCAGCCAGACAUACUUCCGUACAUUUGUUUGUGAUGCGAAAGGAUCAGUCCGAAGCCUCGAUUGCGCCUUGGAAUUGGUCACUGGGGUUCCGGGUCACGGAUAUUGUCCGACCCGCGGCCUGCCGGUCGGCGGAUCUCGGAUUCGCCUCCGAUCCAUAGACUAAUCAUCUUGCGCAUGUUCCACUGCGCAAGCUUUCGAAUGCGAGCCAUGAUGUGAAGUGGCACUACUACUCCCUACCCAUCGGUCUUGCUCGACAACUCCUUGAAAAUCAGGCCACAUUUUGUUGAUCCAAUUUCUUUUGAGCCGAAUAAGGCUUCCCUACUACUCGGAUCCGACACAAAUACGUAACUGGCAAGGUUUGGCUUCCAGUCGUCAGAACCCCCGUCGAGCUUCAAACCUCCACCAAUUCUUCAGCCCCGGACCUCCAGGCACAGGAGAGUUCCCCCAAUCCUGCCGGAGCCUUGACCUGUUAGGGUCAUGUCCAACG